CAAAGUCCAUCAUCAAUGAAAAUUCAUUUUCUAAAUUUUCUUCUUCUCGUCUCUGUCUUCCAACACAGUGUGUGAAAAAUCGAUUUUAUUUUUGGAAAAAAUUCAGUGCAUCCAUAGAAAAUUGAAAAACUUAAAAAUAUGUAUUUUUAUGGUUAAAAAACUUCUAAUUUGGUUGUUUUAAAUUGAGUAACUUUGUCAAAAGUUAAUUAUUUUGAUCGAAAUGAUGUUAAAGUCUUCAUUUUUGUUACUUUUAUUCACCGGGACUUCUCUGGCUAUUGAACAAGCAUCUGUGGGGGAGCUAUUUACUUUUAAAAUAGAACCCCACAUGUUCAAUUGGACACAUCAAGGUCUAAGUGAUCAAUUUCGUUAUAGACCAUCUAUCGAGGGAUAUCCUGAUUUGCCAAUUUGGCUAAGAUACAUGUACAGCAAUGAAUACCACUCGGGAUUCCUCUAUGGAACCCCACCUGAUCGAUUGGCUGGGAAGAAAAUAAGUCUUGAUGUUGUUGCACUAAAUCGUCAAAACUAUGAAACAAGAAAAAAUAUUCUUUCAAUCUACAUCAACCAUAAAUUCCCUUCACCAAAUGUUAUUCAAAUGAAAAUUGACAAUUUGAAUUGGGUGCAUUUGAUGGAUCCCGGAAGGGUGGAAAAUUUAAGGAAUAUCUUCCGCAAGGACUUGUGGCCAGAGAGUGAAAAUGAUUUGAGUUUGGUUUUUAUGGAAUCGGCUGUUAAUAUGGGAGGAAGAUUGCCAUUGAAACCUCAGCAAAGAGAAGGAGUUAUUGUACAUUUGGGAAGUUUUGCUCAAUUUUCUGCACGACUUAAGGAACUUCAAGAGGAGGUGCGCCCUCUUUAUAAGCUACCGUCAUGUACUUACAAAAGAACUUCUGUGCAAAAGAUUUUCGAAAACGCCGGAUUUAAGUUGGAUUGGUGUGCUUUCAAGAUGGUCGGAGUGGAAAUAUCUCCAGAAAUUCUGUUCCACAAUCACGGAAUGAAAGGAUAUCAUGGAUCUGAGCUAAGCACAAUGAGACGAAAUGAUCGUUGGCAUGGAAUUGCAAGAGAAGAUGCUCCACAGCGAAAUUAUAUCGAUGAAUUUGCUUUUGCAUUUGCCAUCCCUGGAAUGAUAUUUGCUGUCUUGUUGGGUAUAUUGUCGGCUGUACUGUGCUUCCAGCAUGAAAAGUUAUAUGACCCCCAAUCAGAAUAUUUCUUCGCGAAUAUUUUCCAUAUUUGUGAGGAUAAUGAAGCCAGAGAUAAGGAAAAUCAUUCUGUGUCAACAGUUCAAAUGGUUCAAUGUUCUGAAACAAAUAAUCAACCAACAACAACUUUACGUAGCUUAAAGGAUCCUAAUUUGCUUUUGGAUAAUGCCAGUUUGCAUUCACAGAGCCCAAAUAAUAGCAUUUAUGCUAAUGAGAGUCCAUCAAAUACUUAUUUGAGACCAAAACCACCACCAUAUAAGUCACCAAGUGUUGGAAAGAAUGGAGUGGAUAUAUGACAAUCAUCUCCAAGGAUUUUGUAUUGCUAAAAGAUGUUAGCAAAAAAGAACAUAAUUUAUAUAUUAUGUAAUCGUAGAAGGAUUUUUUAAAGGAAUGAACGCACAUUAUCACACAUACAUAUAUUAUAAAACCUAUUCAUAUCGACUUUUUUGUACUUAAGUAAACUCAAUUUGUUGUAUUGAGAAUUUUUUUAAAUUCGCAUUGUAAUAAAUUUAGUAUUGAAGUUGUAUUGCGUUGUGUUUAAAGUUAGGAAUGAUUAUAAAGUUAAGAGUUUUUGUUACCUAUUUAUUGUAAUAUGUAGUAAGUUUGUUAUUUUUAAAGU